CCCCGCCCCCGAGGCAUAACCCCGCUCCCACAAUCCUUUGCGCUUCUCUUCGACAUCAGCGGCGGCGAAGAUGGCGCCAGCCAAGAAGGGUGGCGAGAAAAAGACUCGUUCCACCAUGAACGAGGUGGUGACCCGCGAGUACACCAUCAACGUCCACAAGCGCAUCCAUGGCAUUGGCUUCAAGAAGCGUGCUCCCCGCGCCAUCAAGGAGAUCCGCAAGUUUGCCGAGAAGGAGAUGGGCACUCCCGACGUGCGCAUCGAUACUCGUCUCAACAAGGCGGUGUGGAGCAAGGGUGUGCGGAACGUGCCGUACCGGAUCCGUGUGCGGCUCUCCAGGAAGAGGAAUGAGGAUGAAGAUUCCCCCAACAAGCUGUACACCCUUGUCACCUUCGUGCCCACCACCUCCUUCAAAGGUCUCCAGACCGUCAAUGUGGAUGAAAGUUAAAUAUUUUCAAACCAUACAUGAAUAAACUGUCAUUCCCCAUCA